UUAUUUGGGUUAAUUGUUGUCUUCAGAUUUAAAACAUUUAUAUUUUUUUGAAUUUUAGGUUCUGGGUUUCCAUCAAGUUUGCUAUGGCUGCAGGUUUAAUCGGAGGGGCUGCUUUAGGGGCAGGUUUCGGGGAGCUGCUUAGAGUCAUUGUAGAAGCGAGUAAAACAGCUGCCAUGUUUCGUGAUAACUUGGAGGAACUGGCGUCCAUGCUAUCACCUAUUGAACCUGUAAUUAAAGAAAUACAAUCAUUCAACAAAGCGUUUGAUAAAGAGUACGAAACAGAGCAGCUCGUCGAGAUCGUCAAGAGAGGGAAGAAACUUGUCACGAAGUGCAGUAAAAUUCGCAGGUGGGACAUCAUCAAAAAGCCUUAUUACUCGCACAAACUUCUUGGAUUGAAGAAAUCGCUUGAGAGAUUCUGUCAGAUUGUUAUGCAAACACAUCAAGCGAGGGACAUCAAAGAGGUGCUGUUUGAAACUAAAGAGAUUAGUGUGGGAAUUAGAAAAUUAAGUUUGAAAGAGGGGAGUAGCAACGGGAAUGGUAUAUGUAAUCAGGUAGCUGUUAUGGGUCCAUGCAGAGUUCCUGAGCCUCGAGGGAAAGUUCUUGGAUUCGAUGAGCCCUUGAAAGAGCUAAAGGUGAAGCUUUUGAAAGAUGGGGUUUCAGUCAUUAUUGUGUCUGCUCCUGGAGGAUCGGGAAAGACGACAUUGGUUAAACAGCUAUGUCAAGAUGAAGAGGUCAAAGGAAAAUAUGAAGACAACAUCUUCUAUGUCUCAGUUUCAAAGACACCCAACAUGGAGCUCAUUUUGCAGAAACUACUGCAGGCUAAGGAUUAUGCAGUGCCGGAAUUUCAAAAUGAGGAGGAUGGUCUGAACUACUUGGAGCAAAAAUUUAGGCAACUGGCAAUCAUUCCCAUUUUACUCAUCCUUGAUGAUGUUUGGCCUGGGUAUGAAUUCCUUGUUCACAACCUCAAGUUUGAAUUGCCAGAUUACAAAAUCUUGGUAACAUCAAGAUUUGCCUUCCCAAGAUUUGAUGAUUGUACGUAUUGUUUGAACCCAUUAAAUGAUGAUAAUGCUAUGACGCUUUUCCGUCAUAAUGCAUUCCUGCAAAAUGGAAAGCCUUGCAUUCCAGAAGAUAUCGUGAAUAAGGUAAUGAAAAGCUGUAAAGGACUUCCCCUGGCCCUUGAAGUGGUCGGUAGAUCGCUUUGUGGGCAGCCUGUUGCAAUGUGGCUAAAACAAGCAAAACAACAUUCUAAAGGAUUAUCCAUCUUGCACUCUAAUACUGAUCUGCUUGCUUAUCUUCAAAGCACUCUGGAUACCCUGGAUGAUGAGGCGGGAAUAAAGGACUGCUACCUAGAUUUGGGUUCAUUCCCUGAAGAUCACCAGACUCCAGCCACUGCGCUUAUUGAUAUGUGGGUGGAGCAAUACAAACUUGAUGAAGAUUGUGAUGCCUUUAUCAAACUCCAUGAACUCUCCAUCAGAAAUCUGGUUAAUCUUGUAGUCAUGAGGAAAGAUGAUGCAAGUGAAGCUGAUAGCUUCUACAACGAUCACUUUGUCAUGCAGCAUGAUCUUCUUAGAGAGCUUGCUAUCUAUCAGAGCAGCUUCGAUCCCAUAGAAAAAAGAAGACGGAUAAUUGUAGAAUUAAGCAGAAACAAUUUCCCGAAUUGGUGGUCAGAAGAGAAGCAGCAACCACUUGGUGCUCACCUCUUGUCUAUCUCCACAGAUGAAACAUUCUCAUACAACUGGGGUUACAUUCAAGCACCAGAAGUUGAGGUUUUAGUUCUCAAUUUUCGGGCAAAGAACUAUGUCUUACCGGUCUUCAUGGAGAAAAUGGAUAAAUUGAAGGUUUUGAUUGCCAUGAACGAUAGUAUUUACCCAGCAGAAGUAAGUAACUUUCAGCUUCUGUAUUCUUUAUCCAAUCUAAAGAGAUUUAGAUUAGAGAAGGUUUCAGUUCCAUCCUUCAGUACGAGCUCGUUUCAGCUAAAGAAUCUGCGAAAAAUAUCCUUGGUCAUGUGUAAUAUCAGUCAGGCUUUUGAAAAGGGCACAAACAAAAUGUCAGAUAAUUUUCCAAAUCUUUUGGAAAUCAACAUCGACUAUUGUGAUGAUCUGAUGGAACUGGGUGAAGGGUUGUGUGAUGUUGUUCAACUGAUGAAGCUUAGUAUCACCAAUUGCCACAAGCUCCGUGCACUGCCUGAAGGCAUUGGAAAGCUUGUAAACUUGGAAGUUUUGAGACUAACAUCCUGCACUGACCUCAUGUCGUUGCCUGAGACCAUUGGGAGCUUAUCCCAGCUCACUAUUCUUGACAUUUCCGACUGUCUAAGCAUCAAAAACUUGCCUACCCGGAUCAGUGAACUGCACAAUCUAGCGAAGCUCUGUAUGAGAGGGUGCUCUAGUUGUAACUUACCUUCAACAAUCACGAAGCUUCAACAUUUGAAGGAUGUUAUUUGUGAUGAGGAGACUGCCUACCAAUGGGAGUUCCUGAAAUCUUAUCUCACUAAUUUAAAGGUAACAGUUCAUGAACAAGAUACCAAUUUAAAUUGGCUUCAGAUAUUUGUAUAAUCUCCACUUUUCAUGUAUCUCGCAGUAUCCAUGGGGUUUUCUUUUUUUUGUAACAAUUGUGGUUAGGGAGAAAAGAGAUGUGGAUUAAAUACACACUUUCAUGUCAUAUAACACAAAUAUCUCAUCAUUAAGCAAAGUAAAGCUAUAACAUAUACCC